AUGAACCAAACUCGUGACCAUGGCGAUGGCUAUGGCUAUGGUUAUGUUUCUAGUCUUGGCUAUGGGUAUGCCUAUGGCUAUGGCUAUGGCUAUGGCUAUGGGUAUGCCUGUGGCUAUGGCUGUGGUUAUGUUUCUAGUCUUGGCUAUGGGUAUGCCUAUGGCUAUGGCUAUGGCUAUGGCUAUGGCUAUGGCUAUGGGUAUGCCUGUGGCUAUGCCUAUGCCUAUGCCUAUGCCUAUGCCUAUGGGUAUGCCUGUGGCUAUGCUUAUGCCUAUGGCUAUGGCUGUGGUUAUGGCUAUGGUUAUAUUUAUGCCUGUGGCUAUGGCUAUAACUAUGGCUAUGGUUAUGGUUAUGGUUCUGUCUAUGUCUAUGGCUAUGCCUGUGGUUAUGCCUAUGGUUAUGGUUAUGGCUAUGGCUAUGGCUAUGCCUAUGCCUAUGCCUAUGGUUAUGUCUAUAGCUAUAUCUAA